AUGUCGGGGUUAGGUGGUCUCAACAAAACUCCAGGUGGUAUCGUUAUCAGUGUUGUUCAGUCGCAAUUACUAGAUGUGGCAACACCUGCUGAUCUGAAGCAAGCGGUAGAGCAUGUAUGCUCUCUCGUCCGUCGGACCAAGCGUGCCUAUCCAGCAACUGACUUCGUUGUCUUUCCUGAAUAUUGCUGCCAUGGCUUAUCGAUGCGUACAGAUCCAGCCAUAAUGUGCUCGCUAGACGGGCCAGAAGUCAAAAGCUUCAAAGACGUGUGCAGGGAGGAGAAGGUAUGGGGCUGCUUCAGCAUUAUGGAGAAGAACGACUUAUCACUAUCGAGUCCUUGGAACUCUGGCAUUACUAUCAACGACAAAGGCGAGCUUAUAAACUAUUAUCGUAAGAUGCAUCCUUGGAUUCCAGUCGAGCCGUGGUAUCCAGGUAACCAAGGCGUCUCGACUUUUACUGGGCCAGGAGGUGUCAAGAUGAGCUUAAUCAUAUGUCACGAUGGCAUGUUCCCAGAAAUGGCUCGUGAAGCCGCCUACCAAGGCGCUGAGGUUCUCCUGAGGACAGCAGGCUACACUCCACCUAUUCGACAAUCGUGGGAGCUUACAAACAGAACGAACGCCUUCACGAAUCUGAUGUAUACGGUAAGUGUCGCGCUAGCAGGAACAGACGGGACAUUCAAGAGUAUGGGUGCAGCCAUGGCUGUAAAUCCAGAAGGUGAUGUGCUGAUGUCUGGAAACGACUGCCCUGAUGAGAUUUUUGCCUGUGAGUUACAAGUGGAAGAGGUAAGGAGACGGAGACGCCACUGGGGUGUGGAAAACAACCUGUACCAAUUUGGACAUCGUGGGUAUGUCGCUGUGAUGGGUGGAGCAAGCGAUUGUCCAUAUACAUAUAUGAGGGAUCUUAUGACUGGCAAAUGGCAAACAGCUGAAGAUGCACAAGUCGAGGUCAAGGAUGGCAGGAGUUGUGGAUGGGAGGUACCAAAGCAAGCUUUCGAGAACGAGUUCAAGUCAUGA